AUGUCGGGCGGGCUCCCCAAGGCCCUGCCGUCCACGGGGCCCCACUCCUUGCGCGACAUGCCGCACCCGCUGGCCGGCUCCAGCAGCGAGGAGGCCGUGGGCGGCGACAGCACGCCCAGCCCGGACCUGCUGAUGGCCCGCAGCUUCGGCGACAAGGAUCUCAUUUUGCCUAACGGUGGUACUCCAGCGGGCACUUCAAGUCCAGCCUCUUCGUCUUCCCUUCUCAACAGACUGCAGCUUGAUGAUGACAUGGAUGGUGAGACCAGAGAUCUCUUUGUCACGGUCGAUGAUCCCAAGAAGCACGUCUGUACAAUGGAGACCUAUAUCACAUACAGGAUUACCACCAAAAGUACUCGGGUGGAGUUCGACCUGCCAGAAUAUUCCGUCCGUCGAAGAUACCAGGAUUUUGACUGGCUGAGGACCAAACUGGAAGAAUCGCAGCCCACUCAUCUCAUUCCCCCGCUUCCUGAGAAGUUUGUGGUGAAAGGUGUUGUGGAUCGUUUUUCAGAAGAGUUUGUGGAGACCAGAAGAAAAGCUUUGGAUAAAUUCCUGAAAAGGAUCACGGAUCAUCCUGUACUUUCUUUCAAUGAACACUUUAAUGUUUUCCUUACUGCUAAGGACCUGAAUGCCUACAAGAAGCAAGGGAUGGCGCUGCUCACCAGAGUGGGCGAGUCGGUCAAGCACGUCACCGGAGGCUACAAGCUGAGGAGUCGGCCUCUGGAGUUUGCAGCCAUAGGCGAAUACUUAGACACGUUUGCACUCAAACUGGGAACCAUCGAUCGGAUAGCCCAGCGGAUCAUCAAAGAAGAAAUAGAGUACCUUGUGGAGCUGAGAGAAUAUGGGCCUGUGUACUCCACGUGGAGCGCGUUGGAAGGGGAGCUGGCCGAACCCCUGGAGGGUGUGUCGGCAUGCAUUGGCAACUGCUCCACAGCCUUGGAAGAGCUGACAGAUGACAUGACAGAAGACUUCCUGCCUGUGCUCAGGGAAUACAUCUUAUACUCUGACUCCAUGAAGACCGUGUUGAAGAAGAGGGACCAGGUGCAAGCCGAGUACGAAGCCAAACUGGAAGCUGUGGCCCUGAGAAAGGAGGACCGCCCCAAGGUGCCCGCGGACGUUGAGAAGUGUCAGGAUCGGAUGGAGUGUUUCAACGCUGACCUGAAAGCCGACAUGGAGAGGUGGCAGAACAGCAAGCGGCAGGACUUCCGGCAGCUGCUCAUGGGAAUGGCUGACAAGAACAUCCAGUAUUAUGAGAAGUGCCUCGUGGCGUGGGAGUCGAUUAUUCCACUUCUGCAGGAGAAGCAAGAGGCCAAGUGAGUCCCUUCUUGGGACAGAGACUCGUCUACCUACACAGGGCACGGCACCCCAUCCUGGAAUGUCCCUGCUGUGCCAGAGAAGAGGCGCUGAGAGAACAACCACAGAAUCAUCUCUCCUCGUGUAUUUCUGUCUCCCCCCUCCCCCGCCUUUUUUGACCGUUGUUUUCAAUGAGUAUUUAUUCCCUGGUGGAGUCUGUGAGGCUGUAAUCAUCUCUCAGCAAAGCAGCAUGCCUCUGCUGUGAAGGAGCCUAGGUAAUGGAACACUACGAAGAUUCGAAAGUGAGGGACCAGACCUCCUCGGCUGGCGUUCUGACAUCUCAUUACGGUUUCCGGUCUGGGGACGGCGGAGUUGCCUGUUGUGGAAGAGAACCGGGUCCUGCUUUUCAGGGACGUGAGGACAGUGUGAACAGGAGCCCCUCCUGCUUUCCGUGGACACACAGCAGCUCUGGGCACUGGCGCGCUCCAGCCGAGAAGCAGGCGUUGGCACCUCCGGGGACGUCCUCAGCGUACAGUGGCCACGAACGUGGCCUGCUGCCUGCUCGUGAUGAGUGGCAAGUGGUUGGGGUUUCUGGCUCACCUAGGACCAUUUAAAUCAGUGUCUGCAGACACCUGUGCUAGAGCGAGCAAGGCGGCAUCCUCGUCCCUACACGGUGUCUCGGGAGGCCGGGCGGCCGUGCUCCCCCGACUUGUUUCUGACACCAGAAUGUGGUACAUUGGAAACUAUUUUUGUGUAAAAUGGAAAAAAAAAAGGUGCGUUUUUCUCUGUGAAGUUCUUCCAUGUUGUUCUUUUGCUUGUUAAAUGUCAUCAGAGUAGAGAGUAGGCCUGAUAGGGGAGUAUCUGUUGUCUUGAAGCCAGAGUAGCUCCCACACGGUUGAGAUGGAGGGGCAGAUGCCAAGCCCCGCCUCCCACGUCCGCUUUGUGCAAUUGCCUUUACUCACCCCAAGUCUAGCUCAGUGUUUCCUGUUCUGCCCACUGAAUGCUUGGGCAGAGUUCUGGUGAGAGGCUGGUGUGUUGUCUGGACACAGUCAAGAUUUUAUAAACUCAGUGUGAAUGGCCUCCAUGAAGUGCUUUAACCCUUAAUGUUUCCUGCUUGGGAAGAAAAGUCAGUCUCUGGUCAGGCCUCCAAGGGGACAGGUGCAGCAGUGAACUCUGCUUCUAGUUGAGCUAAAGUCCAUUUGUAGCCGAGUUGUGGGGGGCUGCCGGCUGCA